UUCUCGGGAACUUAUUUAAGACAUUUACAGUUCGUCUCUUUUAGCAAAUAUUUUCUUGGUGUUUUCCUCUUUUCCCAUAUAUUUUCUGUGUCCCUUAUUUGAUUGCCGAGAAACCGCGAGAAAUAAAAGAUUCGAGAAGGAGAAUAAAUCUCUCUUUCAAAAUCUUUGUUCUUUUCUUUCAUAGUUGCUUUCAGUUUUCGAAGCGGUAUCUGCAUUUUCCACCACAAUUUGUUUUUUUUUUGCUUAAACUUUAACCACCACAAUUUGUUAGCUCAAAGGGUCCUUGAGUAGAAAGAAAGAGAGUGAAAAUCCCAGAGAUUCUUCCGUACACAAUCCGCUGAGGAACUUUAGUUUUGUUAAGAAAUUGUGUUGUUAUGGACAUAAAGUCUGGUCACUCUUCUCCUGUAAUGACUGAUUCUCCACAGAUAAGCAACUCGAGAUUAACUGCUCGUCAGAGUAGACUACCUCCUUACUCAUCAGCCACGGCUGUGUCACAGAACAACAAUCUCUUGCUAACAGUUCCCAGAAAGAAAACUGGGAUUAUUGAUGAUGUUAAGGCUAAUGCUUGGCUUGAUGCAAUGAUAGCUUCUUCUCCUACCCCAGCCAUAGUUAACAAAGACAACAUAAGCAGCAGUGAUGCUACUACUACGGAUAUGACUUAUCGCGAAUGGACGGUCAAGUAUCCAUCAGCACUUACUACUUUUGAGAAAAUCAUGAGUGUUGCAAAAGGCAAAAGAAUAGCUUUGUUUCUUGAUUAUGACGGAACACUUUCUCCUAUUGUUGAGGAACCUGAUGCCGCCUACAUGUCAAGUGAUAUGCGUACGGCAGUGCAGAACGUUGCCAAGUACUUCCCAACCGCUAUCAUUAGUGGAAGAAGCCGUGAUAAGGUGUAUGAGUUUGUUGGACUAAGUGAACUUUACUACGCCGGAAGCCAUGGGAUGGACAUCAUGAGUCCUGCAGGAGAGUCUUUAAACCACAAACAUCUCAGCCGUACUGUAUCAAUUAACGAACAGGGGAAAGAUGUUAAUCUGUUCCAGACUGCUAGCGAGUUUCUACCAAUGAUCGAUAAGCUGCUUUGUUCGCUUGUGGAGAGUACAAAGGAUAUCAAAGGAGUCAAAGUAGAAGACAACAGGUUCUGCAUCUCUGUGCAUUACCGCAAUGUAGAAGAAAAGAACUGGACACUGGUUGCACAAUGCGUUGAUGAUGUCAUUAGAACAUAUCCAAAGCUACGGUUAACAUAUGGCCGGAAGGUUUUAGAGAUCCGUCCGGUUAUUGACUGGGACAAAGGGAAAGCUGUGACCUUUCUACUUGAAUCUCUCGGCCUAAACAACUGCGAGGAUGUUCUUCCAAUCUAUGUCGGGGAUGAUCGAACAGAUGAAGAUGCAUUUAAGGUCUUGCGAGAUGGACCAAACCACGGUUAUGGUGUAUUAGUCUCUGCUAUGCCUAAAGUCAGCAAUGCCUUUUACUCUCUUCGUGAUCCAUCUGAGGUGAUGGAGUUUCUGAAAGCAUUGGUGACAUGGAAGAGAUCAUUGGGUUAGUAGAAGAAAAUGACUGACGUUAAUAUAUAUAUAUAUUAUAUAUAUGGAAGUUAGAAGAUUGUUAUUAUACAGAGACAAUGGAGAAAGAGCUGAUGCAAAAUUAAAGCAUUUCUUUGUUUGGUUAUUGGUUGUUGUUAAAGUUGUUUAAACAGUUGAGAUUUUAAUUUAAUUGGUCGGAGGAAGAUCACAUGAAGGCUUAAACAUGCCAGAGAUCUUCUUCAUGAUCAUUUUCUCA